CAAGCAGGGUUUAAUUUCCCGGAUGCGGAAGUGAUUGUUCUUUUCUCUCGGGUGGUGGUGGUGGUGGUGCUACUUCGAGCGUACGGCAGUUGCGGCCAGAAGCCGUCGCCAUGCCUCGAAAAAUCGAAGAGAUCAAAGAUUUUCUGUUGACUGCCAGGAGGAAGGAUGCAAAAUCUGUUAAGAUCAAGAAGAAUAAAGAUAAUGUAAAGUUCAAGGUGCGUUGUAGCCGGUAUCUGUAUACAUUGGUCAUCACAGAUAAGGAGAAGGCUGAAAAACUGAAGCAGUCUCUGCCACCAGGUUUGGCAGUAAAAGAACUGAAGUGAAUCUGUCAUCCUUGCAAUUUGCCCUGUGGAUUGUAAUAAAGGAAUGAACUUUC